ACAUCAAGCAAAUUUCCAAGACAGGAAUCGAAUGUUCAGUGUGAGAGAUUGUGGUUUUUGUAAGAAAAUGUAGAAGUGGGAAAGGGUCUGAGUUGGCAAAUGGAACUAUCUUAGAUAUAUUUUUCAGGGCAUGCUGUGUCUUAUUGCUCUUCCAGAAACACGUCAUAACAAGUUGUGCAUCAAAGUUGCUAAUUGCCAAGGUCAUUUACUCCCAUCUUCCAGAAGCCCUUUAAUUUUUUUUUUAUUACAAAAAAGCAACAGAACUAUCAUUUCAAGAUGAUAUUUUUACAUGGAAAUGCACAGGACUCACAGAUAAUUUGUAGAACAAUUAAUCUAGACAAGCUAGUGACUAAAAGAUCUUUGUAUCUUAAGUCUUUGAGAGAAAAUGGAUCAGGGCUCAUUGGGAUAAGCAGGCCUUUAUUUUUACCAUGUUUAUCUACUCAGGAUUAGCACAAGACCUCCUGACUGCCCAAGCAUGUGGAUUCCAUCAGCAGAGAAAAUUUGGUGCUGAGAAUUUUAACCUUUUUUGUCAAUUUCGCGUCCUCCUACUACCAAGGCGCCAUUAGUCAGUGGUAUUUCACACUGCGUAUGUACCCUUGUGCCGGUUUCUUAUUGGCCAACUCAAGGAAGCUGGCCCAUUAGACUUGCCAUGCCUCCUCACCCGGAAUACGUGCCCACUUGGACUGGCCACCUCCCUACGCAGCGCUGGCUGGCGUCAGGGAGCAGGGUGGAGGUGAGCUGUCCCAACGUUUGUCGCAGUCAUUAUUGCUGUAAUGACUAGAAGCGUCCACUAGAUCAGCAGAGCGGGCGGUGCAACAGCUGAAGAAGGUGAAAAAGCCAAGAACGGUACACAACGUGCUGGACCGGCGACCGCUAACCAUCAAUCACUGAUACCAGGCCGGAGGCCGGAGCUCCCUCCACGGCCCCCCAGGGGCCCCCAUCCGGAGGCCCUCCACGGCCGGAAAUGCCACCGAGAAGCGCCCGCCCCUGGGUAGUCUAGAGCGGCCCGGAAGAGCUGGCGCGGCUCUGCGGAGCAGUGUGUAGGUGACGGGACGGUAGCAGAGCCCGCCUCUCCGCUCGGUGAUGGUCAUUGUUCUCCAGAACAGGGAUGGAGGAACUGUCAGCCCAAGAAGCCUCAGGAUCACCAAGGGUCCGGUUUCAGUCUUUGGAGACCCAGUCUGAGUGUCUCUCCCCAGAGCCUCAAUUCAUGCAGGACACCGACAUGGAGCAGGGACUCACUGGGGGAUUUCCAAUUUCCAAGCCUGAUGGGAUCUUCCAGCUGGAACAAGAUCUACAGGUCUUUGAUCUGGAAACUAAGAAUAGAGAAGUCUUAAGAGGUGACUGCUCAGAUGGAGAAACCAGAGACGAGAACAAGCUGUUGAUUCCUAAGCAGAAAAUUUCGGAAGAAGUACAUUCAUACAAAGUGAGAGUAGGAAGACUCAAACAGGAUAUUGUCCAAGUUCCUGAGACUAGAGAAGUAUAUAAGUCUGAGGACAGAUUAGAAAGGCUUCAGGAAAUCCUAAGAAAAUUUCUCUUCCUCGAAAGAGAGUUUAGACAAAUAGCAAUCAGCAAGAAAACCUUCACCAGUGAGAACAGUGAAUGUAAUGAACCUGAAAAAAGCUUCAGUCUGGAUUCUGCCCUUGAUACAGGGCACAGAGUUCUUAGAAUACAGAAUAUUGAUGACAGUAAGUAUGAUAUGAACUUCCAGAACUCAGCUGCUGAUAAACAUGAACACAUAAAUCUACAACAGAAUUUUCAGAAUAGUGAAUACAAAGAAAGCCCAAUGGAUCUCUCCCACCUUAAUAAAUGGGAGAGCAUUUCUGCCACUGAGAAAUCCUAUAAAUGUGAUACAUGUGGGAAAACCUUUCAUCAGAGCUCAGCCCUUACUAGACAUCAAAGAAUCCAUACCAGAGAGAAACCCUACAAAUGUAAAGAAUGUGAAAAAUCUUUCAGUCAGAGCUCAAGUCUCAGUCGACAUAAAAGAAUACACACUAGAGAAAAACCUUAUAAAUGUGAAGCAUCUGAUAAAUCCUGUGAAAAGUCUAAUAAAUCAUGUAGUCAGAGUUCAGAUGUAAUUCAGCAUAAGAAGAUUCACACCAAAGCCAAAUCUUACAAGUGUAACAACUGUGAAAGAGUCUUCAGUCGUAGUGUACACCUUACUCAACACCAGAGAAUUCACAGAGAGAUGCCCUGUAGGUGUACUGUAUGUGGCAGUGACUUCUGUCAUACUUCAUAUCUAGUUGAACAUCAGAGGGUCCACCACCAUGAAGAAAAAUCCUAUGAAUAUGAUGAAUGUGGCUUGGCCUAUGUUAAACAUCAAGGAAUUUGUUUCAGAGAAAAACCCUAUACAUGUAAUGAAUGUGGAAAAGACUUCAGAUUGAAUUCGCAUCUUAUUCAGCAUCGACGAAUUCAUACAGGAGAGAAAUCACAUGAAUGUAAUGAGUGUGGAAAAGCUUUCAGUCAGACCUCAUGCCUUAUUCAGCAUCACAAAAUGCCUAGGAAAGAGAAAUCAUAUGAAUGUAAUGAUUAUGAGGAAAGUUUCAGUCAUAGCUCAGAUCUUAUCCUGCAACAAGAAGUACUCACCAGAGAAAAAGUCUUUGACUGUGAUGCAUGGGAAAAGAACUUCAAUCAGAGAGCACAUCUUGUUCAGCAUCAACCAAUUCAUACCAAAGAGAAACCUUAUGAAUGCAGUGAACAUGAGAAGACAUUUAGUCAAGUUCAGUCCUCAUUCAACAUCUGAGAGUUCACACCAGGGUGAAGUCAGUAUGUACUGCAUGGUAAAGUUUCAGUCAGAGCUCAGACUAUAUUCUAAGGUGGAAUUCUUGAGACAGACCCUCUGAAUGUGAUAAAUAUUGGGAAGCUUUUAGUGUUAAACUCUUAAUUGGCUCCUGCAAUCCAUACCGGUGAGAAAAGCUUUGAAUAUGUCAAAUGGGGUAUAUUCAUGCUAUAUUCAUUCCUUACUCAUAAUUGGGGAAUUUGUACUGGAAUAAAAUUCCAAUAUGUAAAACAAUCAGUCAAAGGAACUACCUUGCUUCAGUACCAGAUUCAUGUCAUGCAGAAAGCCUAUGAGUUUAAUAAAUGCAUGUAUGACAGGAAAUUCAGUUUUAACUCAAUGCUCAUUCAACAUCUGAGAAUUACCCAAAAGUCAUUUGAGUCUAGUAAAUGUGGCAGAUCUUUUUAGUAAGAUUCAUCAAGUCUUAAUUGUAAUCAAAAUAUACCUGAUCACAAUGCAGGUGAAGAAAUUUGCCUCUGUAUUUAAGACUUUACCCCAUAUUAAAGUAGUGGAGAGAAAAUUGUUACAACUUAUGUAUGAAAUUGUUAAUACUUAGUCCCAGUCAUUUUCAUUGCAGAAGAAUCUAGUCUCAAAAAUAACUUGGAAUGCCGUCCUGUAUCUUCAUCUCUUUAUUUAGUAUGUGUCCUAAGUAUGUAUAUUUUAUUUAUGGAACUCAUUUAAGCUGUUUUCAUUUUAAUAUGGCCUAUGCACAUUUGUAUUCAUCCUGCAAUUUGUUCUUAUUCACAGCUUCCUAAGAUAUUCCUAGUAUACCUUAAAGCAUAUACCAACAUCUGAAAAGUAGUUCAUUUAGCUUUCUCUGCUAUUCCUGACCCAAAUUGUCUCUGAAACAGAUUCUUAGGCCUGCUCUUUUCUGAGGACCCCACAUUCCAAUUUCUUUAUAGCCACAACUAUUAGAUUCCUGCAUUCCUUUAUGAACCUGAAGAUGGUAGUUUCCUAGUUUUAAGUUUGUCACUAACAGGUAUGCCAUUCCUAUUUGAUAUUGCUGGUCUGGUAUCUUCUUUCCUACAGUGAAGCAUCUUUUAAAGAUUUGGAUUUUCACCUCCAGCCCAUCCGUAAGUAUGGAAGAUGUGGUCUUCCUGAGUUUGUGGCACACACCUAAAUAUUUUCAAGCGAUGUCCAAGUUUAUAGCUGCUUUGUCUGCAUCAAUAAGACUUCUGGUGGCCUAGCUGCACUCAUUCUGUGCCUGUUCUGCAUGGCUAAAUUUAGAGUUCUCAUAUGCCUCUAUUGAAGGCCAGAAAAAUGCUCAGGUCUUUUUUUUUCUAGGUCUGUUUUGAUAGGACAAACACUAAGAACACAUAAAAAAACAAAAACAAAACAAAAACAAACUUUGUAUACGUACAAAAGAACCCCUUCAUACAGAAAAAAGCACUACAAUGUAGAACCCAGAAAACUUGCAAAGUGAAAUAAAAUGUGUUAUUUUUAUGUAUCUAGAGACAAUAUUUUAAGAGAGCAUUACAUCUGUACCUGCUAAAAUGUAACUAUUUGGACUCCUCCUUUAUCUGUUCAGACCUCUCCCCAGCUCCCUUAAUCGAUUCAGGGCAGUAUUUGAACUGUGGGGCCUUUGUGUGUAAUGAUUGUGCAUCAUGCUUUUGUUUUGCUUUUGAGAUAGGUCUCACUUUGUUGUCCAGGCCGGCCUUGAACUUCUGG